AAAGCGACAUUUUUUUUGAAAAAAGGAACCGACGACCCGCUAGCCUCAGAACAAAAAUCUCCUCCGCGCCAUUCCAUUUUAUUUUCAAUGCUUCCUCAAUUCGGCUACGUCUUUGCUCAAGCAGGAGCAGACCGCAAUGGUCAUAAUCCUCCCAUGACUUCUCCGCUCCAUCCAUACCCUAAUGACUCAAAUCAAAAGUACCCACAGCAGCCCCCCCAUGCUGCAGAACGAUUCACUCCCCCUCCACCAACCCUACCGUAUCGAGACUCACAAAGGGACGAACGCUACUAUGAACAUAUGACUCCAUCCUAUGCUUCUCAGCAACAGCCCCCAAGUUCGGCUUAUCCACCGUAUAGCCAAGUGGAUCCAUAUCAGAACCACACGGAAGGAUAUCGAGGAUCCGAAGCGCCUUACUAUAACCAUGUGUCCAUGAAGGUUUACAACCAUAUGGAUGAGCCAAUGUAUAGAUACGAUGAGUACCAACGGUGGCAUCCUGAAAACGAUUCCUAUAAUCAACAUUCCUAUCACGACCAACGACAGCAAUAUGGGCAGGAUUGGUCCGAUGACGGUAUGGACAUUGUAGAAAGCAGAUUGAGUCGAAAGGUGCGAGAAUAUGGCGAAAGACUAGCCUGGCUAGACAAAGAUUUUGAAGACGCCAAAGAAGAUAUUUACCGAGAGCGAUUAAGAAACCUACAAGAAGAACUACAGGCAAUUCAAGAAGGCACUCACGCUGCAUUCCAAGAGGUUGUACGUGACCUAGAAGAAAUGCGGAACAAGGCAAUUUCUGACGCCAAAGCAUUUGGUGACUACCAACUAGAAUGCGUUCAAAAACAGUACGAGUUGGACUCUGAAGCUGUGGAAGAGGAGUACCAGUUUGAAAAACAAAACCUGCACGACAUGAUGAUGGCAGCGAUAGCAGAGAAAAAGAAACAAAUCGUAGAAGACAGGGAUGAUAUUGGUGAACGAUCGAGUGAACUUGCUCGUGAAACGGCUUACCGAACAGCAUCGAACACCCCGUUACGACUAGAUGCGCCUGUUACUGGUAAGGAAGAGGAUGAACUUGAAAGCGAAUUUUUGCAACUGAAGGGAAUGAAUACACCUGCCAACAAGAAAACCAACAGCGCUGGCGCCAAUAGACGAUAAUACCAAGACUUCCCCUCGUUGCUCCUCCUACAGAACAUCAUCCCCCUCAUCCAUCAAUGUCUAAUAACAUUACACUGCUUUCUUCUUCUGCCGCGACUUACAUAAAUCACCACCUUCUGUUUACUUACUGGAUCUCCUUUUUGUUUCAUUUCUUCGGUGCCUCUCAUAAUAACUUUG